AUGGCAGACCACAAGACCUCGCUGGAACCACCUCCAGCAUACACCGACGAGCCUCCCGCGGCUCAAUCGGCGACAAAUGCUGCACCACCACCCAGGCAGGGCGUGGUUCGCGCACCGUUGCCACUCAACUUGCCCGCCCUUAACAUGAUCAGGGGGAAGAGAGUGAUUCUUGCCUCAGCUUCGCCUAGACGAAGACAGCUCCUUGCACAGGUCGGCCUCAAUGAACUCGAAAUCAUCCCAUCAACUGAGCCUGAGAACCAGGACAAAGCGCUCCCGCCUUUCGAAUACGUGCUCGCCACAGCUGAGCAGAAAGCACGAAAUGUCUACGCCGCACAGAUUGACUCGCCACAGGGCGAGCCUGCGCUUGUGAUCGCUGCAGAUACGGUAGUGAGCACACAUAUGGGGCAGAUUCUGGAGAAGCCAAGGAGUGAGCGAGAUCAUAUCGCCACGCUGAAGAUGCUGCGAGACCAGAAUGGAGGUUGGCACAAAGUCUACACGGCUGUGGUGUGCAUGGCACCACUCGACUCACUGGCAGAUCCUGGCUACGCAUUCGAGACACAUGUCGAGGAGACGGCUGUCAAGUUCGAUCAGAGCGUGACCGACGACUUGAUUGUGAGCUAUGUGCGCACCAGGGAAGGAGCAGACAAAGCUGGCGGAUACGGCAUCCAGGGCGUGGGAAGCAUACUCGUGGAGAAGAUCGAUGGGACAUUCGACAAUGUCGUCGGCUUGCCAUUAAGAGCAACUCUGCAGCUCAUUGAGAAGGUCAUCGUCGAGCCCGAUGUUCCGGACGAGGUUGAGGAGGCUCUAUAG